CUUAUGGGAUAACCGUAGUUCUUCAGAAUGAUCGUUUAGCGCAUCGUCUUCCAUUACGCAAGUCACGACAGUGUGAGCCACAACUCGAGAGCUUAUGGGAUAACCGUAGUUCCUCAGAACACUCAGUAGUCAUACUGUCUUCCGUGAGAGAAUCUGGUCACAAACGGAUAAAAGAAAAAAAUUUAGCACAGUUAGCGAAAGAAACAAAGUUAUCUUAUACUAUACUAGUGCAAGCAACGGUUGAUAGGCAAAAUAAGUAUCAAAUGUGUGACAGAAAAAACACGUAUAAAUUAUUACCAACUAAACGUGACAUGUACACAAGCGAAAGACCUACACCGAUCACAUUUUUUGAAAAGUUCGACUUCUCCUCGAAGAAGAAAGGUGUCUCAAAUUGGUACUCCGCUCUCAGUGAGAGCCUCAAAAUUUAUAAGAAUGAUCCCAAACUUACUGAAAUUAAGCAAAAUUACGAAAAAGGUUAUUAUAAGCAAAGCAUCAAUGAUUAUUUUCGACAAUCGGAACGUGCUCGUACUCUUGAGGAAGAGAAGACCUCUAUUGAUAAGACCUUAACCAAUAAAACUGGCAAUGCGAUUCGAAAAUGUAUACAUGAUCUCCUUCCAGAAGAAACUGGUGAUCAAAAAUUCUCGAAGAAACCUUGUCUAAGGGAGUCGAAUCAGAACAUAAAUCAAGAAAAUAAUGAUUUUUGCCUGGCUUCAUCCGAUCCUGAUUUGGAAUAUUUCAACGCUCAGGAGUUAUUAGAUAAAAAAGAACGACACAAAUUGUGCUAUUCGUGGGAGAACGUCAUUAAUCAGAUUGAUUUUAGGGCUGUCUCUAAAGACGAUAGUUAUAAUCUCUCUUCAGAAUUCCGAAAUUUUCAGAAGUCGACAAUUGAACAAGUCAAAAAAAAUCCGAUCUUAUGCUAUAAAAAAGAUAUCGAAAAAAUUCUAUCUCUUUCAAACAUAAUACUCAUCGAGAAUAUAAAGCCAUCAUUUCUUAACUUCUCACAAACUAUUUGGGAUCAAAUCUGUCGAAGGAAAUCACCUUCAAGUUUACCAUCAGUAGCAAAUAACUUGGCUCUUGAAUAUUCUUCUAUGAUAAAUUCUUUUACACCAUUAAAUGAUAUUCAAGAUGCAUGGUGUAAUAACUUUUCCAAGAUUACGGGAUUGACGGAUCGAGAUAAAGACAAAUUUUGUCAAACUCAAAUUAUUUUCCGAAAUUUUUCAAAAAAUGUGAAUACCAAUAACGAGGACACCUUUGUACAUGAAACGUUGCAUGACCUACUUAAAGAGAUUUUCCGUGAUUCAACUUUCGAGUUAAUUUGCGAAAGUCUUGUUUCCAAAAAUCGACGCUCCAACAGUUCGGACAAGGAAAAUUACAGAGGUGAAAAGCCUGACUUUAAAGUUGUAACCAAUACAAAAGAAGAAAUUCUUUUUGGCGAGGUUAAGACAAAAGAUUCGCGUUCUUUAUUGAUUAAUAAAGAUCUCAUAAAAUUGUCCAAUUUCCAAUCGGGUGCCUUAGACGAGUUAAUUAAAAAAUAUGCCAACAAGAUUGGUUUAGCUUCAUUUGGUAUAUGGGUCAGUGGUCCACGUAUUCGGAUCUACGAAAUGGAUCUAAACUACGAUGGGAUGUAUAGAAUGUUUUUGAUGGCGAAUGUUGUGACCCCAAUGGAACGGGCACAAUUUUUAAGUCUGAUACCAGUAUUAGAAGCAUUGUAUAAUAUUAAAGAUCGUAUUUCUGAAGUAUUAGAGGUAAUCGUUUCCGACACCCCAGCUAGUUCACCACGUUCUACUUACGUCAGAAUGCCCACCCCUCCACCAAAAUUAGAGCCAUCUCCUAUAAAAGAUAUUUCACCACUUAUCAAGAGCCAUUCUGAUGAGGAGAAAGGUAUUACUUCCAAUCCCUUGCCUGAAAUAGAACAUAUCUCAUCCCAGGCCCAAAGGGGCAAAUCUUUAGAUUCAUCUGAAUCUUCAAUGGAACCUGAAACAUCUACAACCUCUUUACCAUAA